CCCUUUGGACUAACCAAUGCCCCAACUACCUUUCAGCGAUGUAUGAAUGAUUUGUUUAGGCCUUGGUUAGAUAGAUUUGUAGUAGUCUACUUAGAUGAUAUUUUAGUCUUUCGCAAGACCCUCCAAGAGCAUGAGGGUCAUCUGAGGCAGGUCUUGGCAAAGCUGAGGGAAGCUAACUUCAAGAUCAACGCUAAGAAGUGUGAGUGGGCCAAGACACAAGUCCUGUACUUGGGCCACGUCUUAGACGGAGAUGGCAUAAAGCCUGAGGACAACAAGAUAGCGGUGAUUAGAGAUUGGCCAACGCCCUGCACAAUGACAGAGUUGCGGCCGUUCCUAGGCUUAGCCAACUACUAUAGAAAGUUUGUGAGGAACUUCUCCACCAUCGGUGCACCCCUUCGCAGGUUGCCAAAGAAAGAAGCAAUCUGGAAGUGGGACAAAGAUUGUACAUCAGCCCUGAAGAAGUUGAAGAGGGCUUUGAUAGAAUAUCCCGUCCUCAAGGUAGCCGAUCUGUCCUUGCCAUUCGUUGUUACUACUGACGCGAGUCAGUACGACAUAGGUGUUGUUUUACAGCAAGACGACGACAAUGGAUAUAGACCCGUAGAGUUCAUGUCUGCUAGGACGCCUUUAGAGAAGGUAGCAACAUCAACCUAUGAGAGGGAACUCUACGCUCUCAGGCAAGCACUAGACCACUGGAAGCACUACUUGCUUGGGAGGCACUUCAAAAGGAAUAUGGACGUGCAUCAGCAGCCCGAGGAACUGACACUCGGAAAGCAGAGAGAAGUUGGGUCUGCAGGUGAUUCAGCAUUUGUCCAGCAGAAACAGCCUCCCGUGGAGGAGACAUUGCGUCAGAAAGUGCAGGAAGUGACACUCCAAGUUGCAGACACCUCACCUGAUCUCAGAGAACAGUCAUUAAGGCUUAGGUCAGAUGAAGAUAAUCGGAAGGCGAAGCCCUUAUCAGAAGAAACAAGACUUAUGCAGCUUGUGCAUACAAACCUGGGCACAUCAGAUGUGUCACAGCUGCAUUUUCCCUUGGUGGACGCCCAGCAGAAGCAACUACCGGAAGCAAGCCACAUUAUGCAGCCAGAGUUGGUGCUGCGUCCUGAGCAACACCAGCAGGAGGACCCAUUGGCACAAGAGGUAGAGUGCGUCUCCCCAAAAGGUAAUAUGCAGUCAGGGCCAGCUCAACUAUGUGAGCAGCUCCAGUCCACAACUAACCCACUCAAUGAACAAAGUUCACCUCUCUCUGCAUCUCAUGCUGCCUCACCAGAUGCCCCUGACGUCAGGCCACAGACACCACAGCAUGAUAUUGUGCUGCACCAGAACAUCCAGGCAGUGGAUGCAUCACCACACCAUGUUCAAUGUGCCCCAGAACAUCAUCAGGGUUUGACGUUGUUGCAGAAGAACAUCCCAUUGGUGCAGUCUGAUGUGACGUCAUUGGAGGACAAAGAAGCGCAACUUCCGGCACAGGAGAUGGUGCAUCUGGGAGCUGCACAGUUGCUGCAGAUCUCAGAGCUAUGUCAGCAAAAGGGGCGAAACGACCAGCAACAGCAGCAGACAGGUGGUCCAUUGCAGCAGCAGCAAGUGCAGUUGUUACAGCGACAGUUAGCGGAAAUACUGCAGCUGCUCCGGGAACAGCAGCAACAGGGACACAGGAGGCGAAAGCGUUCGUCAACACAACGCCGGGCAAGACGACGGCAAGAUGACGGCAUUGCUAGUGGGAGAGCUGCUGAUGGUGAAGUCUCCCCAUGCCAUCCGUUGUCAUCCGAUAGUGGCUCAGGGUCAGAAAUGCAUAGUGCGCCAAUCUGUCUUGCGAAGAACAAUGUGACAGGCAGGGUUUUAAGGUCUGCCUUGAACAAAGAAGGCACAGCUUCUUCAGGGGUGCUGCUGCAACGCUGUCACUCGCAGUGCCAUCAAAAUGAGGCACGGGACUUAACAAACAAGGACCGUAGUAAAUGUGCAAAGUUAGGAAAACGACGAAAAACAGCAGUGGCUGGAGAAAGAACAGCUGACCGCUUAGAGACCUUAUUGAAUUCGUGCAGUGAUAUGGACGGCCAGCCGAGCUGUCGAAGCCCUUCCUCAUCAUGGUAUGGGGAGCAUACUGCAGGCAAGAGGCUCACGGACUCCCAGAAAGAACUUUCACGUCUUGAAGAUGCUCCAGAGGACGGUGGCCUCGCAGUUGGCCGAAGAUAUGACAAUGUGAACUUGGUUCGCAAGGCUGUGGCAGAUGCUGCGGUUGCAGGCCAUUUUGAGUUGAAGUUGGUGAAGUCAAGUCUACAGCGGUACACAGUGGUGUGCCGUGAGGAAGGAUGCGAGUGGAGGUUACAUGCAUCAGCAGUCCAUGGUGGGCCAGAAUUCGAGAUUAGAAGCAUCCGCAACCACACAUGUGAUGGUAUAAACCACUUUGCCAAUCGCCAAGCAACAUCGAGCUGGGUGGCCGACCGCAUUGUGGAUAAGCUCAGGGACUCACCACACUACACGCCCAGGGACAUCAUAGAUGAUCUGCAGCGCGCAAUAGGAGUAACAAUAUCAUAUCACCGAGCAUGGCGAGGCAAGGAGGUGGCCAUGACAAGGAUUGCAGGCUCAGAGGAUGAUGGCUAUAAGCAUUUGCGGCGGUACUGUGCUCAGGUUGUAAACAUGAACCCAGGAAGCUGUGCUUUUGUUGAUGUUGAGGGCGAAACAAAUCAGUUCCAUCGUCUCUUUGUUGCUUUUGGGCCAUGCUUGGCUGGUUUCCGCCACUGUCUACCUCUCAUUGGUGUUGAUGCGACUCAAGUUACAAGCAAACAUCCAGGCGUUUUGCUGACUGCAUCUGGUUUUGAUGCACGAGGUGAGGUGUUUCCCAUUGCAUUUGCAGUGGUUGAUAUUGAAAAUGAUGACAAUUGGCUGUGGUUUCUGCAGAGUCUAAAGGCGGCUUUAGACGGCCAUGGCUUGGCCGGACGGUCAAUAACAUUCCUGUCAAACCGCCAGAAUGGUAUUGCGGAUGGUGUGACCGCUGUUUUUGGAGAAAUGCCACAUGCGUACUGCAUGUGCCACUUGGCCGAGACUCUACGUCAACACUUCAAACAUCCACAAAUAGCUAAGUGCCUCUGGAAAGCAGCACAUGCCAUGACUCGUUCCCGUUUUGAGGAUGCAAUAAAGGAAAUGCAGGAUGUUGAUUCCCCAGCAGCAGCAUGGCUCUUGAAAACUGCAGACCCAGUGUAUUGGAGCACAGCACUCUUCCCUGGGAAACGGUAUGGCCAUCUAACAUCGAACAUUUCAGAGUCGUUGAACUCGUGGUUGAUUGAGGCGAAGGAGUUGGCGCCUCUGUACAUGAUGGAGGCUCUACAUCAGCAGAUAAGCAAGUCAUUUGCAGAGCGCAGUGUAGCAGCAUCUGCCAUGGAAGGUGAACUUGUUGCGGAGGCGGAUGCUUGUGUACAGAGGGCGAUAUGCGAAGCCCAUUACUGUAAAGCGCUACCGGCAAGCUCGGACGAGUUUGAGAUUAUUUCAGAGAAUUCAUCAUAUGUUGUGCAUAUAAGCGCAAAGACAUGCACUUGCCGGGGCUGGCAGUGCACUGGUACUCCCUGUGCACAUGCCGCAUGUGCCUUAAUGUACUUGCAGGAGCGUGUAGAGAUGCACUGUGAAAGGUAUUUCUCUGUUGAAACCUAUUGCAACACAUAUGCUUCCAGCCUGCAGACCAUUCAAGUGAUUGACUGCCGCGAUGAGAAUGCAACUGUGGAGGCAAGCAGUGCUGAUAGCAACCCCGCGCCUUCUGAGCAAGAUGUGCUUCCUCCAUCUACUAAACGACCUGCAGGCCGUCCUCGGAAAUGGAGAACCAGUCCAGAAGAGUUGAGUGCCCAGAAGCGAAUUUUCAAAUGCAGUCGUUGCAAAGGUGAAGGCCACUCACGGCGCACUUGUCGGGACUUGACGACGGCUGAUAAUCUGGUAGAGGUUACCUCUCAUCAAAUGAUCGAACCGUCACGUGAUCAUGGGACUAGGGUGGACAGAUCUCCCUCUCAUCUCUAGACAGUUUGGCAUCAACCAAACUUCAGUCAUGGACGAGAGUUUGUUACAAGAAUUUGUUGUGGUUAUCCUUUUUCUGCGGGUGCUUUCUUUUGCAGUUCAGUUGUAAUACGUUCCUGGUGAUUUGUUGUGGAAGAGAGAUUUUUACUUUGUGUGGUCUGCCACACAUUGUGACGUGAAUGUGGCAGGACAUGUGCAUGAGUUGAAGGACCGGGAUAGCUGGAGGUUGAGCUCUUGUGCCUGGAAAGACAUUGUGUGAUUCACUGAUUCCACUUCGUGCAUGUGAGGAUCAUGUUUCUGCAUCUUUGCGAGCGAGGGAUGAAUCCAUAUCAAUGGAUAACAGCCUGGGCAAUCGCGGUGCCAAGUCUGCACUGGCGGUUGUAGCUGCCAUCGUGGAAACAUCAGAAGUUGUGGAAGCAGGCGAACAGCUCGUGUCGGAAUGUGCCUGUGGAGGGCCAUGGGUUUCAUGCUUGCGAAACCGUUGUACUUUAGGGGAGCUCAUCAGGCAGACGUACAAUGAAGGAUCUCCCCAUGUUUCAACCCCGCUAAGGUCAUAAUCAUUUUGUGGUGUUUACACUGGGAGAAGCACCAGCAGUGUGUUACAGGUAGUGAGCUGAGUUCAUAGUCUGGGAUGAGCUAUGGCUUAUAUCGGCAGGCGUGUUGGUACGGGCCAGUUUCUUGGGGGUGCGCUGUCAGCUUUGAUGUCUCAGCACCAGGGUCGGAUAUUAUUAUCAUAUGUAUGUUUUUGGAGUAAAGAAACUACUAUGGAUCAAUUUGGAUUCCUGUCGUCAUCUGUACUGGGGAACAUGGAACUCAGCUCUUGUGGUUUGUGUUGGACACAUCAUGUCAUACCUGUCUGCCGUGGAAUUGUUUUCUUUUGAAUCUUUUCUUUUUUCUGUCUGCCAUAGAGUACUUUGUACUUUGCCUCAUUUGACAGUACAAAUUUGUGAGAAGCUACAGUCAGAUGGCCAGAUUUGGUACUUCGCUUUUUCGGAAGGUGAAGAUUACUCUGAGGCAUCGGGCGAUGAAAAUGCACAGUGAGUCAGUGACCCUUGGUGGUGUGCUUCAUCUCGUGUCUCUGUGAAACAAAAAGGAAGAACAACAUUUGUCCUGGAUUCCUGCAUGAAUUGCCGCCACUCUGCUAUGGAAUGAAUGCAAUUGUUGCUA